AGCACACUAACUAGGCAGGGUAUUGAACGCGGAAAAUAUAUCUUGAGAUCUGUUGCUCUUUCACAAUCUACUUCGAACGGUAAGUCGGGUUUCAUCUGGAAACGAUGGUUCUUGUAACAUUCAGAACGCAUUUAUAAGAUUUUAAACCAGGACUAGUGAGUUAACCUCUGAUUCAGAGAGCCGUUUCGCCCAGCGUCAUUGGGGGUUUCUAAAUAGCUACAAUAUAGAGUUUAAGUAUCCCGUAUACGGCAAACGUCAGAUUCAAGUUGAGAAUUUCUCAAAAGAGAAAAUGAGCCGAUAAAAACAGCUCAAAACAAUUCUUAUUUACAGGUUGAAAUAAUGAACAGCAGGGGAACCUUGGUCACACGGUACAAAUUCGCGUUUGCCGUUCGACGUAAACGUGAUGCUUAACAUCUCCAAUAUCAACUAUACGUAGAAUGUAGCUAACUUUGAGUUUCUCCUUUGGACGUUUGUCUUGUGCUUGUUAGCUGAAAAGUGGUGAACUUUACAGUGAUCCAUUUACGGCAGUGCCUAAUCCAAGCGGAAGUCGAAAUCAUAUUCGUAUAUUUUGAAGUUCCAAGUCAAAUUAUUUGCUGAAAGAGCUGAUUUCGUCGAACGUAAUUUCCCAGUUUAGACAUCACAUACAUAAAAUAUGGCAAACGGGCGGACUACACAUGUUUAAUUUGGGGAAUUUAUUGAUUAUUUCUUUUUCGUUUUGGCCACCUUUCUAAAUUUUAUUUCUGUAAUGAUACACUUAUACGAGUUGACGGUUGAUUAAUUGAAUGCCCUGAAAUAAAGCAAUGCAAUGACAUUUUUAUUUCAUGCAAACCAAAAGAGACGUGCUCCCAUGCAAACUACCCUUGGGGUGAAUUUAAACAAAUGUCUUUCUACAUGCUUUGUGUAAUUUAUGCGCUAGAGCAAUUGUCUAUUGUAGAAAUUAUCAGCCUUACGCACAACUUCGACGUGAAAUGGCCAAAUUUUAUGUUUAUUGAGAACGGGAACUGCAAGGCAGCAAAUUCUACCAUUUCUGUGAGAACUCAAGCGUGGUCACCUCCAAAAGCAAUUAUACUUUCUGGAUUUAUAUUCCUGAAUAGCCUUCAUUUUUUCUCGGCAUGCAGUUUCUUGGUGUUGCAGCGGAAACCAUUGUUGGUUGGCUUGUGUGUUGUGCUGGGGGUAUUGUUCAAUGUCUUCUCAAUGUUUUGUUAUACGCCAUUUGGCGAUAGCAACGGUCCGCAACAGCGAGAAACAAUUUAAAUAUUUUAUUUGUGUUUCAUUACCUUUUUCUGCCGAAUGUCUCACUCAUUUCUCUUUAAAGGCGGUGUCUUCACUAGAUUCUUAGUUGCAAUUAUUGGUUUACAAAACACAGACCUUACACGUACACUAGACCUAUUCUUCAGCAGCUCCUGUAUGAGCGCGUUAUGCUAAUUUUCCUAAUUUGUUCUCUUCAUAUUACUUUAUUCCCAAGUGAGUGCGCAUUAUAUGUAAGAUGGCUGAAUAUUGGCCAAGUUGAUCAGGUUAAUAAAAAUGCAACAAUGAACGAGGAAAAAAAUCUAACCAUCUUGAGCAAACAACCUUGCUGGUCAAUAAAGGAUUCAUUAUAAUGGCCGAAAAGAGGACUUUUUUCGUGGGGCCAACUCGGAAAAUCCUGAGCAGGCCAGAUGGGAUUAUCUUGCCCGCUAAGAUACAUAAUAAAGCGACUUACGCUAGUAGUUUGUAUAUUGCAGUUUGAAUGCGUGGCACGUUGUUGCUAUGUCGCUAGCAGUUAAAUCCAGAUUUCCUUUUUUCAUUGUCGUUUUUUUAUAUAUAUUUCGUCAAUCGCAUUUUCCUGUGUAAGUGUGGGGGUACAGAUUUUGUAGGAAUAGACCAACAGGACUUGACAGUUUAACUUGGUCUAAUCUUCUUCUGUGUAGCAGUGACGAGCUUGACCAGAACUAAAACUGAAUAUAUCCUAGCUUACAGAGUGCUUAAGACAGAGCGAUAGCAUUCAUGUGCGAAAAAUAGGGGUUUAGGAGUGUUUAUAAAUAUUGGAUCAAAAGAAACCGUAAUUGAACUGUUUCCGGCUGCUACUGUGAAAAUUUUGCAUUGAAAUCGCUAGUCAGAAUGGUGAAAUUUUUCCGAGAUUUAUCAAAACAGAUUUUAGUUUUAAGUUAGUAAAGUGAGUAAAAUUCGCUUAAAACUGAUUCAACUUGGAACAGAGAAAUUAAAAGGUGUCAAGGCGCGUAGCUCAACCCAAGUUUUAAUGAGUUGGAGAAAACUGAUUAUUAUGCGAACUUCGAGGUAGAAGUGUGAACGAACGUACCACUUGAACAAACGAAGAUCGUAACCAAAAUUACUUAGGGCCAAGUCAGGCGGUGUGCGUCACGAGAUUCGACCAAUCAGAAUGCGUCAUUUGUAGAGUGAUUUUCGCGCUCGGAAAGAGCUGUUUUCAGAGGUAUAUGUGGUGAAGUUUUCGCUUUAUUCCAAGCUUGUGUUGGUAAUUUGGACACUAUACCGCCGUGGAAAGUUGUUGGAACACUUUAUGUUGAUAGCAGUUGCGUUGCUUUUAAAUAUUUUGCUUUCUUGAGCCUUUGUGACAAGUUUGAAUUGCUCGGUCAUGUGCAGGCAGCCAUGAUGAUUUGAGUGUUGUUUUUGCCGUUCUUCUUGGAUUUAUAGCUGGUUACUGUUAGCGGUUUUAUCGAAUUAUUUUGGCCAUCUUGUUACUUCAACCUUUCUUCUUUGCAAAUUUCGGGGUCUACCCGCGUCUACCCCAGUUAGUUUUCCCGUUAUGAGCCGUUGAAAGUGUUUUGGAAUUAAGACAUCGUCUCAGCCAAGUGGCACAACCUCCGGGAAACGGGCUGAGAAAACAUGCCGAAACGGAAGCCGACGUGAAGCGAGUAACGCCAAAUCCAGGAAGAGUUGGUUCUAUUUUGAACCACAAAAGGUAAAUAAGUUUGAAUAUUGUAAUAACCUUUGGAAACAAAACAUUUUUCAUAACCCAGUGCGGAAACUGAAAGCGUGACUUUAAAAUAAUUUGCAUGCGGUGUGUGCUACGUAUAUGCAAAUCUUCGUGUAAAGUUAUGUGAGGGAAUAAAUUGUUAUAAAUCUCUACCAAAACACAAAACUGUUAUCGAAGAUCCAGACAACAUCAUACAGGAUUUUAAAACUGUGAGGUUAGGUUUUACUUUAUAACAAAAUCGAUAUACUGCGCUCACUUCAAUGACCGCACAGACAAGAUCGUGGUUUAUUUUACCGUUUAUUUCUGCGGCUGUAUGUUCGGCUCUUUCGGUCUGUUUUCUCCUUGCCUGAUAGAAGAUUUAUUUGGGCAUAAGGAUUUCAAACGGGCACUGUUUUCAAAAUAAUAUAAAGUUGUCGAUGAAAAUAAAAUUGUUAUGAGAGACGAUUUCUCACCUAGCUGUUUGCACGCGCUCCCCCUGCUUUGCCGGUAACAAAGUCCAUCAAAUAUAUAAACACUUCUAAUGGACGAAUUUUUUUUAGUUAAGCAAAUCCAGGUAUGAACUACAGAUCUCUUUCACUAUGAGAUAAAAACAUACAUAUAAAACAAACAGUACAUAAAAUCUUAUGAGAAGCAGGAAAUUAAUCGCCGCUCAAAGUCGGCUAGAUCGCACGAUCGCCUCCGAACCGCGAUAAACUUCUUGAAAUUGCCUUAUGAAGCCAAUAGCAAGCAUCUAAGGCCACUAUGAGAUCUUGAAAAUUCUCGAAAUCGCUCUCUUCCGUAAUGAUUUUCGGAAAAGGCAGCAGUGUUUUGAUCCCUGGGUUUGAUUCACUUCUCUUACGAGAUGUGAACUCGACUGUGUCACCAUUGAAAUGAGGCACAGUAACAGUUUUACCCAUGAACCUUCGUGGGUCGUGACGCACACCGCCUGGGGCCAAGUCGCACUAGAGCACAAAACUGUUUAUUUAUGUCAAAAAUCUGUCAUCACAAUGAAAAACCAAGUGCGACCGGUUUGUUCACCAAAGGACAAAAUUUGGUCGCGGACGGACGAACUUCAAAGAUACCGUCGACUACCUCUGGAGCAGGCCAAAUUGAGACAAAUUUUGGAAAACAAUAGCGAGUGUGUUUUAAUUCGGAAAUGAUUUGACAAUGGCGACCAAUUUUUUCUGUACGAAUAUCCACAAUAUCCACCAGGAUGGAUCUAUCCUUUGCCAGGCCCUUACAUGUUUAAUGAUCGAGGAAAUCCCAGCCCAUUUCCUUCGACCACGAGUACUGACUCGUUGCCAGAAUCCCUCCAGUUCAGCGAAGAUAGCUCAAUGCCGGCAUCAACCCCAUCUUCUUCGCCCCGUGCAUCUUCGUCAGCUGAGAACAAGAAGGCUCAGGACAGAUGGAGUAAAGAAGAGGAGAAGCUUUUAGUUCAACUGUGGGCUGAAAUCACAAGGCGCUCACAGCAUGGUGUUCUGUUUUGUUCACAGAUUUUGUUCUUAAGUGCGACUAUAGCUCUCCGGACAAAUUUUUUGUCACUGGCCGAUUUCGAGUCGAAUUUGUCCAGAACAAAUCUAAAAUUGCCCUCUAGUGCGACUUGGCCCUAAUUAUUUCGAUAUCGCAGCUGCAAACGCCUUUCCAGGAAGGGAAUUUGGUUUCUAAUAACACUUACGUUCGUAUCCUGAAGACAGUCUGUGAAGAUAGUUUUAAGGAGGUCUCAGAGGUGUUAUAAAACUUUGAUUGAAAACUAAAUUGCAAAACACUAACUGAGGACCAAAUUUUCUCGUUACUAAGAACUACCGCGCAACAACUUUUUUUUUUAAUUAACCUUUUGUUUAUUUAAUUUAAAGACUUGAAGUUGAACCGGCACUUCUCGACGACCGAAAAUACGUCUGCUGUUCGCAAUCUAUUCGAGGUGGUCCUUAAUGCCACUAUAGCUCUACCCAACAACCCGACGUCAUGUUUGUGUUCUUGUUUUGAAAGCGCGAUGAAGUAAUAAAAUAAAAUGAAGGAGAGUUGUGAAAGUUGAGAAAGAAGCUAAAAAAUGUGCGACUACAUAAGCCGUAAGUUUUAUUAUGUGCUU